UGUGGCAGCAGUGAACGGCUCUCGCAGGCCCCGAAGACCCCGGCCGGGCUCGGCUCUCCAGCGCGCGCCCCCUUCCCGGCCUUGUCCUCUCCCUUCCCCCAGCCGCCCGAGUCCCCCUUGCACGCCGCCCCCCGCCCCCCGGCGCCCGGACGAUGCUCAAGUCUCGGCUCCGCAUGUUCCUGAACGAGCUGAAGCUGCUGGUGCUGACGGGCGGGGGGCGGCCCCGGGCCGAGCCGCAGCCCCGGGGGGGCGGGGGAGGCGGCUGCGGCUGGGCGCCCUUCGCCGGCUGCUCGACCCGGGACGGCGACGGAGACGAAGAGGAGUACUACGGGUCCCAGCCGAGGGUCCGGGGCCUGGCCGGCGACAAGGAGCCACGGGCCGGACCCCCGCCGCCGCCUGCGCCGCCGCCGCCGCCCCCGGGCGCGCUGGACGCCCUGUCGCUCAGCAGCAGCCUGGACAGCGGGCUCCGAACCCCCCAGUGCCGAAUUUGCUUCCAGGGCCCGGAGCAGGGGGAGCUCCUGAGCCCCUGCCGCUGCGACGGCUCCGUGCGCUGCACGCACCAGCCCUGCCUCAUCCGCUGGAUCAGCGAGCGGGGCUCCUGGAGCUGUGAGCUCUGCUACUUCAAGUACCAGGUCCUGGCGAUCAGCACCAAGAAUCCCUUGCAGUGGCAGGCCAUCUCCCUGACGGUCAUUGAGAAGGUCCAGAUUGCAGCCAUAGUUCUGGGCUCACUCUUCCUUGUCGCCAGCAUCUCCUGGCUCAUCUGGUCCUCACUCAGCCCUUCAGCCAAGUGGCAACGGCAAGAUCUGCUUUUUCAGAUCUGCUACGGCAUGUACGGCUUCAUGGAUGUCGUCUGCAUAGGCCUCAUCGUCCAUGAAGGCUCCUCUGUCUACCGUAUCUUCAAGCGCUGGCAGGCAGUAAACCAGCAGUGGAAGGUCCUGAAUUACGACAAGACCAAGGACAUAGGAGGAGAUGCAGGGGGAGGGACGGCAGGGAAGCCGGGCCCCAGGACCUCACGGACGGGCCCCCCCACUGGGGCCACCAGCCGCCCCCUGGCCGCCCAGCGCAUGCGGACGCUCUUGCCUCAGCGCUGUGGUUACACAAUCCUGCACCUACUUGGACAGCUGCGGCCACCAGAUCCCCGUUCCAGUUCCCAUUCCGGCCGCGAGGUUGUCAUGAGGGUCACCACAGUCUGAACUAAACUCCAGGAGUGGGGAUCUUGAAACAAUGCAUCAGCCAGAGAUAAGCUGUCAUGGCUGCUGGAGGUACCACCUGGACAAGGUGUUUGGGGCACACUGCCCCACCACUGAGGAUCUCUGUGGGCAGCCUCAAGCUGGAGACAUUGGCCUCUACUGCCCACUGGGUAGAGGUGCCUGGAUGACAUUCCAGCCCCCACUGACAGCUCCCCACACUCAUCUUGCAGCAGCCAGUGGGCAGGUGGGGAGAACAUCUUUUCUUCCCUAGAGAACCGUCCUUACCUCAGCUCCUAGGGCCUCCAGCCCCCCAGCUCCACUAUGGUGACUUGGUGAAGGGGGUCCAAUGUGAGAAGAAAGGGGCUGUAGACCCCCCCCAGUCCCCACCCCAUGGCCACAGGGCAGCUGGCAAUAAGACUAGUAUACAUUGACCUCCCAUUCCCUGCAUGAGGGUGGGGGUACUUCCCCCUGCUCCGCCCCCCAUUGCAUGGGGGGAGGGCAUAAAGAAUCAUUUAUA